AUGGAAAUGAUCAACAAGAUGGCAAGCUGCUUGGUUUAUCUAUCAAAGGCUCACCAACACGACACCAAAAGCCGCGUUUUCGCGUGCAAGACAUGCAACAAGGAGUUCCCGUCGUUCCAAGCCUUGGGAGGCCACCGAGCAAGCCACCGCCGAUCGGCGGCGCUUGAAGGCCAUGCACCUCCUUCUCCCAAGAGAGCCAAACCGGUGAAACACGAGUGUCCCAUAUGUGGUGCCGAGUUCUCCGUAGGGCAGGCCUUGGGUGGUCACAUGCGGAAGCAUAGAGGAGGAGGAGGUAGCCGGAGUUUGGCGCCAGCGCCGGUGACUAUGAAGAAAUCCGGCGGCGGUAAUGGAAAGAGGGUAUUGUGUAUGGAUUUGAACUUGACGCCGGUAGAGAAUGAUAAUUUGACGUUGGAGCUUGGGAGGUUGUGA